AUGAUAUGGUACUUGCUAUAUCCACUUCGAGGCACUACCGAGGCCCCGGCUUUGUCGCCUUCGAAUCCUCUUCGUAUCGCAUUCACUCGUUAUGCCAAUUACAUCGCGCGGCACGUCAUUCUAGCGCUCUUGAUCUCCGGCAUCGUCGCCACCAUCUUGAUCUAUCCCAUUCCGUACCUCUUCACCGACGACUUCACGAAUGGCGCUUCAAACCUCCCCCACCAUGUCUGGACUGUUGCGCAGCCGUUAGGUAGAGGCGCGCCAGUCCUCCCAGAUAUCGUCAUGAGGUCUAUAUGGGUCCAUGGAGACUAUAUGCAGGCGCUGGAUCAUGAUCUACUGGCGUCCGCCCUCGAGCUACAGGAUGCGCUUCUCGGACCAACAGAGAAAUUCUCGCCCGCCGCAGCACGAGGGAUCUCUUCAUCAGUUAGCGACAGCUGGCCCAUGCCCGCAAAGAACAGAGAUGCAGUUCAUAUUGUUAACGGACUCACGAAUCAGUCUUGGUUCUUUCACUCUCCGCUGCUCUAUUGGGACUGCUCGCGCCAGCAAAUCCUGGCAGACACGGAUCUGAUUGCCACUGUCAACGAGAAGAAGACGCAAUCUACCUCAGCCAACAUCACUCUACGACAUUCCAUCGUAUUUAGCGGUAAGAAGUUCGCAGAGAGACGACUGUUGGCGGCAGAUGCCCUCGUCAUCACACUUUUAUAUCUCCGCGAAUCCCCGGUUGGCCGUCAGUGGGAACACAAUGCGCCACUUCUCACUCAAAAAGCUAAGGACAAGUGGGAUAUAUACCCACCCGACGGGGAAAUCGAAAGCAGUCAAGUAUACGAAUUCCAGUUUCGGCCAUUGUCCCUCUACGAUGUGAUCAGUCUUGCGUUGGCAUAUGGACUGAUGGGGAUUUACUUCCUUGCAAGCCUUUCGAAGCUCCGAGCUAUCAAAUCAAAAGCCGGGCUUACAGUCACAGUCAUCACGCAAAUCUUGGUAUCCAUCAUGUCAAGCUUGACUGUAUGCGCCGUCUUUGACAUUGACCUAUCUCGCAUUCCUCGUGCCGCGUAUCCACUGGUGAUUUUUGCUAUGAGCUUGGAAAACAUGUUCAGAAUCAUCUAUGCCGUCAUUUUGAUGCCUGCUGAAAACAGUUCCAGCAGCCGCGUUGGCUCAGCGUUUGGCCAGACGGCGCACAUAGCGCUUGCAAGUACACUGCAAAAUGUGGCCAUCCUGGCCGGGCUCUCAACAAUUGUCUCCCAGGGUGUCGCUGGCUUUUGCAUCUUCGCGGCCAUUGCCACAAUAUUUGAUUUUUUCUACUUGUCAACAUUUUUCCUCUCCGUUUUGAGUGUCGAUGUGCGCAGGACUGAGCUACAAGACGAGUUGACGAAGGCGAGCAGGCGGAAACACAACCACGCCUAUUGUCAACUGAAGGAGCGGCCAUCGUGGAUCUCAAAUCUUAUGAAGGGCAGGGUAGCACUAUCAACCAGAAUUGCAGGCACCAUCGUUAUGGUUGGGUUCGUGACGAUUGCCCAAUGGCACUUUUUUGGACAUGUGGGUGUGUGGGAACCUGCUAAGCGACUCUUUGGCACGUCAACAUGGCCGUCCUCAGUCGGAGAAGUGGAAUCCUCGCCGUUGAAAGAUAUACAUCAGGCGAGGUCCCCCGGAUCAUGGCUACGCCUCCAAGAUCACGAAACUGCUCAAGAGGUCAUCAACGCAAUCAAGCCGUCGGCCAUUAGCUACACCGCCAAAGUAUAUGACCCUCUGGUCUUUGUGCUCAAGAAUUCGGACCGAACGCCGCCACAGCGGAAGAAGAAGUUCCUACCAGCAGCAUAUGAUUUCGUUGAUCACCAGUUGGCCGAAUUCGUCAUUUCAAUAGUUCUGGUCGGAGCCUGCCUUCGAUUGCUCGCAAGCUAUCUACUCUUGGCGGACGAGGAGACGAGGGAUGACUCUUCUGACUCUGAUGAGAAUAGCUCAUUAUAUGUCAGAUCAUUAUCUGGAGGCCAUAUUUUGGAUAUUGCGAUGAUCGCGACUUCAUCUGAGGGGCGAAUUGUGUCUGCAGGGCUAGACCGAACUAUACGAGUGUGGGAUGUCCGCUCGAACGGCACAGGCUAUGAGCUACCCGGUACGAGACUAUUGGACGGACGCGAGCUGUUUCCCGUGCUGGGAAUGGCGAUGGACGCAGAAUCUAAGUGGCUCGCGAUCAUGUCAAUGACGCAAAUCCGACUUUGGAGUCUAGUAGAGUACGCUUGGAGCCCACCUAUUCCGUUGCAGUCUGGUAGCCAUAACCCGGAGGUUUUCUGCUUUCACCCAAGGUCAACCCAACAAAGCCCCAGACUUGUCAUUGUGAGAAAAGAUGGGACGUUGUUAGAUGUGUUCAUCUCCGGGAAUGAUUGCCGGCGCGAGGCAAACGUCUGCGAGGGUUUGCUGCUCACGGCUCGCGCUCUCACAUACAAAGUUGUUGGGUCAGAGUCUUCCACUACGCGGGCGAUUCAAAUCUUAUCGCUAUCGCGAAACGGGGGAGCAUUCAUAUCGAGGGAGACGGCGACUGGCUGGAAAUACAAGAGCCUGCCGUUGAAUGUAGUGAGUGACACGACAUUGCACCAGGUAGUGCCACUCUCUCCUCAUCCGUUGUUCCUCGUUGGGUCCAUCAGCUCUGUCUACCUGGUGAGUGCGAAUCACGGCGUGGUGCAGCAUGUGUUCGCGACGGAGCCAAUGGUGCCGCGGUCUAUUCAGUGUGAAUACUCCGACAAUCGAUAUAACGUGUCAUUGUCUGGAAUUGGGUUCAGUUCGUUAACGCUGGGCUACGUCGCAGCAAAAACUGAAGAAUGUAUCAUCACGAGUUAUCAGCCUGCUGAGGGGAACGAGGCGAUUGCGGCCUGUGCGCCAUCAGGCGGUGCUGGAGGAGGAUGGUGCACGUGGGGGGAGGCUAUUGAGACGAACAAACGGAUAAAGGACCCGGGCACGUGGGAUGUUGUGAAGGGACGGAGCAUCAUCGGCGUGCGACAAGAAGCGAAGGGGCCUCGCAACACGAAGCGCGGAGACCAGCAGCACAGACGAUCGGCGGCCGCCGCACGUGGGAAGCUCGGAGCAGCUACCAGGUGGCAGGCGUGGACGGCCGCCACGGACGAGCACCUGGAUGCGGAUGAGGUGCGGCCGCUGCACAGCAACGAGCCCGGCUCGGAGGAGUUCUUGGUGGUUCCGGGGCUGGGGCCCAAGGCGAAAAUCGGGGUGCGGUCGGCCGCGUUUUGCCUGGGCAACACUAUCAAGGUGGUGUCCGCGGGCGGGCCGGAGAGAUACCAAGGCGACGACGAUACGGCGGCCGAAACGAUGCUGGCAAAGGAUGGGAGACGCGGGCGACACGGCGGCUCGAAAUUCUUCAGCACCAAGGUGAUGCCUCCUGGCCCGGCCCUCGCCGGCUCGCUUGACCAGCCGUCGCACCACCACCAAGCUCAGGCAAACUCGGCCACUCGCCUGCCGGAACAGCUUGUAUCGGGCCUCACAACCUACUGGAUGGCGUCUUCCGAGGUUGAUCAAAAGUUUCUUGGCAGACUCGCCAGAGCCGUCGAGCACGAUAACCCCUUACUUUCCUCCAUGCUCUUCAAGAUCCUCGGCCUCUCCCUCAACCUUGCCGAGCAACUCGUCGCCGCCAAGAAGCAGCGCAAACCUACACCCGUCACAUCACCGCUCUUUCUCCGGCGCAUUCUGCACAUUCUCUGGCUCUCGCGUGAGGGUCUUGUCAUGCUCGAGCAAUACGUCAUCCCCAUGGUUGGCAAUUACGUCGAGCUCAAGGUCCUAGCUUACAAGCUGCGCGCGAGCUUCCACCACAUAUUCGUUCUCUUCCACAACUCACCCCCCGUCUCUACAAUCGGCAGCUGGACCCCCGAAGCGAUAUCUGCCGCCUUUGCGCCAAUCUACAAGGACGGCCGUGGGCCGCUCGGUGUCGACGGCGACCCCAUCUCUCGGUCGUCUUCUGUCCAGCCCACGCAUGCCCUCGAAGGCGGACCUGUCGGGCCACCACCCGGCUUUGAGACGCAAGUCGCGCUCCUCCCUCCAUCAGUUCUGAUGCCUGAGCAGGACUUCCUGCCCACGGCACAGAAAUACUUUCGUGAAGCCAUGGACCUGGCCGACCAGCUGCUCUGGGGCUCACAUUCGCUGCGGCUCUCCGUUAAAACCGAAUACGCCGCCUUUCUAUAUGAGUGCGUCCACGACGCCGAAUCGAGUCGACAGCUCGCCAAGAAGACGGUUGCCGAGGUCUACGAUGCAACCGAGGGCAUGGACGACGACAUGUUCCGCGACGCCUGCGAGCUGGUCACGGUGCUCGGCAAGAUGAUGAAGAGGGGACUGGUAAGGACUACCAGCUCCGCUGCCAAAGGGAAACGUGUCGACGUGAACCCUCCCACCUCACCGAUUGUGAGGUCAGCUCCAGGAAUGGAGAAUGCGAUAUGA